CACUCUCCGCCCUGCACACUGAGCUGCACCCUGAUCUGCGCACAGGCGAUGGGAUCGCGGGCGUGAACCUGUUACCUGCUGCAGCCAUCCCUAUGAUUAGAGAAUCGGUGACGGGGCAAGCGCUCGCUUAAGCGUACGUGAACGGCACUCCGGCAUAUUUGAAUGCAAAGUCAGCCCACAGACUGACAGCUCGGACCUCGAAAUAUUUCGUCUGUUUGGUGUGUGUGUGUGUGUGUGUGUGGAGGUGGAAGAGAGAAAAGCCUGUUUGAGUAUCGUGGAGCUCCAGACAGCUGGCUGACCGCGGACUCCCGGGUGCGCUUUUUCAAUCUGAUGCCAAAUUGUGAGGACCUCGAUGGGCCCCCUUACUUGGAUGUAAACCGUACGCCCAUGCGACGAUGUUAGUGGAUGUUGCUGGCUUCAGUUUCCAGAUAAAUACGCUCUCCUGAGGCAGCUUCUUCUUUUUUCUCUUUUUUUUUUUUUACAAGACAGUUUUGAAAACAAUCAGUUUUUUGGGGGGCGGGUGGCAUGGGGAGAGGAUCCAUUCUGUUUGACCUAAUGUACGUUAUCCCUGAAUAAACUUGCCUUUGGGAAUUCAUGUUACUUCCACACUUUGUGCCAACAGCACAGCAGCAGCCGGUGACAGGAUUUAGGAUUUGGCACAGUUUCAGCAGCGAUAUGUGGUGAUGGGGGAGAGCAGUCGCUGCUCUCUGACCCGCUGAUUCCCCUCACCCCUCCUCCAGUGGUCGAGGGCAGCUCAUCUCAGUCAAUGGGCCCUGUAUGGAUUUUGUGCCUGAGUUGUCCGAGGGCAGGCCAACAGUGUCAAACAGCAGUCAGGCUGCCAUGAACCCAUACGGCAAAGCGAGCAGCACAGCGGCCCCCCUGUCCUGCACCAGCUGUGGGGGCUGUUGCUCACCCCCUCCCCCUUGCCUCAUUCCCCCUGGGCCCCCUUCCUCUACUACCUCUUCCUCUUCCAUGCCUCCAAACAUGACCCCUCCGCCACCAAUGUUUCCUGCCCCAGUCGUGCAGGUGGAGAAUGGUAGCAGCUGGAACUCCUCCACCAUCUCCUCCUCUGGCUCCCCAGACUCCCACUCUGGUCAUCGAGGUGGGGCAAACAACCCUUACUGGACGGCGGUGUUUGACUAUGAGGCCACAGCUGAUGAAGAGUUAACCCUGCGGCGUGGGGACCUUCUUGAGGUUCUCUCCAAGGACUCUAAGGUGUCUGGAGACGAGGGCUGGUGGACGGGCAAAAUCCAGGACAAGGUGGGUAUCUUUCCAAGCAACUAUGUCACAAGGGGAGACACUCCCAAUUACCAGCAGCUGACUUCAGGAGGACUGGUGGCAGGUGGGGUGGGUGAUUGUCCGUUGGAGAUUGACUUUUCAGAACUGCUCCUGGAGGAGGUGAUAGGAGCUGGUGGAUUUGGAAAAGUGUACAAAGGAGUGUGGCGGGGAGAGGAAGUAGCCGUUAAGGCUGCCAGGCAGGACCCAGAUGAGGAUAUCAGUGUCACAGCAGAGAGCGUGCGGCAGGAGGCCAGGCUGUUCUGGAUGCUCCGGCACCCCAACAUUAUCGCGCUCCGUGGAGUCUGCCUGAAGGAGCCCAACUUGUGCUUGGUGAUGGAGUAUGCUCGAGGGGGGGCUCUGAAUCGAGCCUUGGCUGGGAAGAAGGUCCCUCCGAGAGUUUUGGUGAACUGGGCGGUCCAGAUUGCAACGGGGAUGGACUAUCUGCACAACCAGGCAUUCGUACCCAUCAUCCACAGAGACCUCAAGUCGAGUAAUAUCCUCAUUCUGCAGCCGGUGGAGCGGGAUGACCUGAAUGGCAAAACCCUGAAGAUCACAGACUUUGGUCUGGCCAGAGAGUGGCACCAGACCACCAAGAUGAGUGCAGCAGGGACCUACGCCUGGAUGGCCCCGGAGGUCAUCAAGCACUCCCUCUUCUCCAAGAGCAGCGACGUGUGGAGUUUUGGUGUGUUGCUCUGGGAGUUGCUAACUGGCGAGGUUCCUUACCGGGAGAUAGAUGCACUGGCGGUAGCUUAUGGAGUCGCCAUGAACAAGCUGACGCUUCCCGUCCCUUCAACCUGCCCUGAACCUUUUGCUCAACUACUGGGAGAGUGCUGGAGCCCAAACCCUCACGGCAGGCCGUCGUUCACCAGCAUCCUGAGGCGACUGCUGGCCAUCGAGCAGUCGGCCAUGUUUCAGAUGCCUCUGGAGUCCUUUCACUCCUUACAAGAAGACUGGAGGCUGGAGAUCCAGCAGAUGUUCGACGAGCUCAGGGCCAAAGAGAAGGAGCUGAGAUCAUGGGAGGAAGCGCUGGCCCGAGCAGCCGAGGAGCAGAAGGAGCAGGAGGAGCAGCUACGGAAGAGGGAGCAGGAGCUGGCAGAGAGGGAGAUCGACAUCGUUGAGCGAGAGCUGAAUAUCAUCAUCCACCAGAUGUACCAGGAAAAACCCAGUGUCAAGAAGAGGAAGGGCAACUUUAAGAAGAGCCGACUACUGAAGCUGGGCAGAGACAGCAACUGUAUCAGUCUGCCCUCUGGCUUCGAGCAUAAGAUCACAGUGCAGGCGUCGCCCAGCGUGGACAAGAGGAAGACCCAGGGGAGCGAGAGCACGACCCCGCCUGCCAGCCCUGGGGUCAUACCCCGGCUGAGAGCUAUCAGAUUGACGCCGAGCGAUGGCAGUAAGACGUGGGGUCGCAGCGCUGUGUGUAAAAAGGAAGACCUGACGACCAAUAAGAAGAAAGGACGCACCUGGGGCCCGAGCUCCACCCAUCAGAAAGAGAGAGUGGGCGGCGAGGAAAAGUUGAAGUCUCUCGCAGAGGGAAGCAAAGUUUGGUCAUCCAGCGCGCCAAAUCUGGGCAAGUCCCCCAAACAUGCCCCCAUGACUGCUGGUUUCUCCAGCCUGAAUGAAAUGGAGGAAUGCAGUGAGUUUGAGGAAUCGCCAGGCUCCUUGCUGCCCUCGGAGUCGAGCAGCAACGGGGCAAUGGAGGACUCGGGUUCCCUGUGGAGCAGCCUGGGGCCCAACAUGGUGCCCGCUGUUGGGAAUAUGGGCUCCUGUCAAGCGGUUGGAGGCCUGGGAACGGGCGUGAGCUACCAGGACUCGCUUCGUCGCCUCAGUCAGAGGAAGAAGAGCGAUAUAUUCCUGCUGGGUUGCGCCUCUCUGCUCGCCUCGGUGGGUCUCGGACAAGACUUGCUACAGCUGGGAAAACAGCAGGUGCUUCAGGAUGAGCAGGACCUCCGAGAGGAGCAGCGUAAGAAGAAGGAUGGUCUCUUCCAGCGGACGGGACGUUUCCGUCGCAGCACCUCUCCACCCAGCCGAAACCUCUCUCUGUCUCUCUCCAGACACCACGACUCCACGCUUCCCUGCUUGGACCCUUCUCCCUCAGUAACACUGCUCUCUUUGUCCUCUCUGUCGGACUGCAACUCCACCAAGUCCCUCCUCCCCUCUGACCCAGACGAUUACCCCCUCACCCCGAUGGCUGGGGUCAGAACACCGGCGGCGCCCCCAGCGCCUACCCUCAACCCACUCUUGGACCUGCGGGCCGAGAGCUUCAAGAAGGAGCCCAACCAGUCGCUCACGCCCACCCACGUAUCUGCAGCCAUGGCCAUGAACCGAGGACACAGACGCACCCCUUCAGACGGGGCGAUACGACCCAGAGCCCAAACUCUGGGACACCACAGGACACCGUCAGACGGGAGCAUGCCCAUGCCUCCUCCACCGCACAUCACAACAAACAAAGUUAUGCAGGACAAGCUGGAUAUCCCCCGACUACCUGACCCUGCCAUUAUCUACCCUCACCGGCGUAAAGCUCCCGCUCCACCCAUCCCCGACCCGGACCCUCACAGUCUCAUCAGCCCCCUGGAGAGGCCCAAGACGCUGGAGUUUGCCCCCCGACCGAGGCCAACGCCGUCCCGGGUAAGACCUGAUCCCUGGAAGCUGGGCUCUCUCUCCCGGACCCUGAGCUCAUCGCCGGGCAGCAGCUGCGACAGCCCCCUCGGUUCAGGGGACAGCAGCGCCAGUGCGGCGCGACCCAACCUGAUGGACAUGGACAUGGAGGGCCAGAAUCUGGACCACACUGUUCCUCUGUGUGGGCAGCUACAGCCUGCCACCCUAUGUGGGCAGCAGUACUCGUAGUAAAAAUCAAAGAAUAAAUGAACAUAUUAAGGGUUUUUGUUUUUUUUUGUUGCAUUCAGACCUGUUCCAGGACAUGACAGCUUGGGCCGAACAAGGAACGCCUACUGAUGUCUGAGCCGAGCAAAGUGCACUCUCACCGAAGUUUGCAAAAACAUCCCACUUCUUGUCUUGUUGUUUUAAGGACCCUCAUGCAACCCACCUCACUUGCGUGCCCUAAUAAGGUGUUAAACCCUCACAGAAAGCCAUUCGCUGAUAGUGCUCACUAACCUGCACGACACUGAGGGUCCAGGAGGCCUUUUUAACAGCCUUGUAGCGUGCCCAUUCCCACUUUACCUUUCUUUUCCUGCCCGGAAACACCAUCUCUACCUGCUGCCCUAUGACCAGGCUACAUUUCCUCAAAAGCCAUUCGAGUACUCAAACAACCGUUCUGUGACUUCACUAACUGCUCAUUUCAAUCCAUCUGCUUGUGCUUUUGCCCGUCUGCGUAGCUUUCCACUUUCUGCUUGCAUGUUUCUUCCUGAAGGUGGAGCAUUUUCAUGAUUUAAAAAGAAAAAAGAGGCGCUGAUAUUGUGAAAAUCUUGUGUCCUUGUUCUUUUUUGCACACUGUUUGUCAUGCCAGUGCACAAACAUGCCCUAUAAAAUCAGCUCCACCUUCUUCAUCCUCACACGUGUCAUCCGUCGUCCUCUUCUCUCCUAGACUCGAGACAGGAAAAAGCCUUUUUCUCACUGGUGGACUUGGUUAUAUAUCCUCAGCCUUGUAAAGUAAAAAUUAAAAAAAAAAAAAAAAAUCAGAGUUUAUUUUCUCAGUGCUUGCACCAUCCCUGCUGCAGCCUGUUAGCAAAAAUGUUUUUCUAUUGGUCCUGCACCCCCGGUGUGCGUCUCUGUGUGUGAAUGUGUACAUAUAUAUAUAUAUAUAUAUAUAUAUAUAUAUAUAUAUUACUGUACAUGUGUGGAUUAAGGAGAUACGCCUGUUUCUGUGUGCUGGUGCUUUUUCAGUGCAUGUCAUUUCACAUGUGAACCGUUUUGCACUUCUUUAAAAUGAGACCACUGGUUGCCACACAUCUGUUCCUCUCUUAGGUCUUUUUUUAAUUUUAUGGAGACAUUCCUUACCGACCGGCAGUCUGGUCCCAUCCUGCUCACACCACUGAAACGGACACAAAGUAGAAAGCGCUGACAGAAGCCCGCCACUCGAUUUCAAACUUCACCUCCUCUCCUUUUGACCUGCUGUGUUCGAUGUCACCUGCACUUUAAGUUGGGCAACUGGUGGACCAGCUCAGCACAAAGUGCUCCCGUCAUGGCUGACAAAUCAACUUUUAUCUCCGGAGUAGUUUUUGAACAGAGGACGGUUCAUCCUGGCUACAGAUGUUAUUUACUUGACUGUGCAGAUUUCUUUGUGUGGAUGUGUGUGUGUGGGUGUGAGUGCGUGUGUGUGUGCGCGCGCAUGUUUAUUAUUUGUAUGGGAUGAUGAUCCCACUGGUUGAAGGGUGAGCCCAAACUCAUUCCCGUUGUGUGGUUAAGAACACUGAGUAUUUAUUAAAUUUAUUGUUAUUAUGGAAAAGGGUUAAUUAUGAUUGCGAUGCUCUUCCUGGGAUAUCUGUAUAUAUUUGUUUAGUAUAAAAUGAAAAACCAAGGAAAACCUGGGAAGCUGAAACAUCCAUGUUGUCUUCGGUCUCAACCUGUGACGUUUCUACGGUUCAAUGAUGAGUAAAUGUGAAACGAAUGAGAGACAAUAAAAUAAAAACAAAGAUG